AUGACACUAUCAGAAGAAGAAAUCAAGAGGCUAUUUAGAAUUAGAAAGACAGUGAUGCAAAUGCUCAAGGAUAGAGGUUAUUUUGUCGGAGAAUUUGAAAUUAACAUGACAAGAGAACAAUUUGAAUCCAAAUAUGGUAAUAACAUGAAAAGGGAAGAUCUUGUUAUUAACAAAUGCAAGCAAAGCGAUAGUUCUGAUCAAAUUUAUGUUUUCUUUCCCGAAGAAGCCAAAGUUGGUGUUAAAACAAUGAAGACAUACACUAAUCGCAUGAAAUCUGAGAAUGUUUUUAGAGCAAUCUUGGUUGUUCAACAGAAUUUGACCCCAUUUGCUCGAACUUGUAUCAAUGAGAUUUCUUCAAAAUUCCACUUGGAGGUUUUUCAGGAGGCUGAGCUGUUGGUUAACAUAAAAGAGCAUGUUCUUGUUCCUGAACAUCAAGUGCUUGCAAAUGAAGAGAAGAAGAAUUUGUUGGAGAGAUACACUGUGAAAGAAACACAGCUGCCUCGCAUUCAGAUUACAGAUCCAAUCGCAAGAUACUAUGGGCUGAAGCGUGGCCAAGUUGUUAAGAUUAUCAGGCCAAGCGAAACAGCAGGACGAUAUGUUACCUACCGAUAUUAUAGCAAUAUUCAAAGACCAGUAGGGGAUUGGGAUGAAGAGUUUGGCUUUGCUGAAAGAUUCCUUGCAGAAGAGAUGUUUUGA